UCGGCCCGGCCGGCGGUGCGCUUCGUGCCCGCGGCCGUGCCCGCGCCGGCGGCGGCCCCAGCCCCAGCGAGGGGCUCGGCUCGGCUCCGCCGCUUCCCCGCCGCCUCCCCGCCGCCUCCAUGGAGCGCCGGCCGCGCCGCCUCUGAUGCCCGGCCCGGCGCGCACCAUGGGGCCGCUGUGGCUCUGCUGCCUGCCCCUCGCCCUCCUGCCGCUGCUCGCCGCCGUGGAAGAGACGCUGAUGGACUCCACAACAGCAACGGCAGAGCUGGGCUGGACGGUGCAUCCUCCAUCAGGGUGGGAAGAGGUGAGCGGGUAUGACGAGAACAUGAACACAAUUCGCACCUACCAGGUGUGCAACGUCUUUGAAUCCAGCCAAAACAACUGGCUCCGUACCAAGUACAUCCGGAGGCGAGGAGCGCACCGCAUCCACGUGGAGAUGAAAUUUUCUGUUCGGGACUGCAGCAGCAUCCCUAAUGUCCCAGGCUCCUGUAAGGAGACUUUUAACCUCUACUAUUUUGAGUCGGACUUUGACUCAGCCACCAAGACUUUUCCUAACUGGAUGGAGAAUCCUUGGAUGAAAGUGGACACAAUUGCUGCUGACGAGAGCUUCUCACAGGUGGACCUAGGUGGACGGGUGAUGAAGAUUAACACCGAGGUGCGCAGUUUUGGGCCUGUCUCCAAGAAUGGUUUCUACCUGGCCUUCCAGGACUACGGGGGCUGCAUGUCCUUGAUUGCCGUCCGUGUCUUCUACCGCAAGUGUCCUCGUGUGAUCCAGAAUGGGGCCAUCUUCCAGGAAACCCUCUCAGGAGCAGAGAGCACCUCGCUGGUGGCAGCCCGGGGGACGUGCAUUGCCAAUGCAGAGGAGGUGGAUGUGCCCAUCAAGCUGUACUGCAACGGGGAUGGCGAGUGGCUGGUGCCCAUCGGCCGCUGCAUGUGCCGGGCAGGCUACGAGUCAGUGGAAAAUGGGACUGUCUGCAGAGGCUGCCCGUCGGGGACAUUUAAGGCCAGCCAAGGGGAUGAAGGAUGCGUCCACUGCCCGAUUAACAGCCGCACAACUUCAGAAGGGGCCACUAACUGCGUGUGCCGAAAUGGAUAUUACCGGGCAGAUGCCGAUCCUAUCGACAUGCCGUGCACCACUAUCCCAUCUGCCCCCCAGGCCGUCAUCUCCAGUGUGAAUGAGACAUCCCUGAUGCUGGAGUGGACCCCGCCGAGAGACUCGGGCGGCCGGGAGGACCUGGUGUACAACAUCAUCUGCAAGAGCUGCGGCUCUGGCCGUGGGGCGUGCACACGCUGUGGGGACAACGUGCAGUUUGCUCCACGCCAGCUGGGCCUGACGGAGCCCCGCAUCUACAUCAGUGACCUACUGGCCCACACCCAGUACACCUUCGAGAUCCAGGCAGUGAAUGGUGUCACCGACCAGAGCCCCUUCUCCCCGCAGUUUGCAUCAGUGAACAUCACCACCAACCAGGCUGCUCCUUCAGCUGUGUCCAUCAUGCACCAGGUCAGCCGCACCGUGGACAGCAUUACCCUCUCAUGGUCUCAGCCUGACCAACCCAAUGGAGUCAUCCUGGAUUAUGAGCUGCAAUAUUAUGAGAAGGAUCUGAGCGAGUUAAAUUCAACAACAGUGAAGAGCCCCACCAACACUGUGGCAGUGCAAAACCUCAAAGCUGGCACCAUCUACGUCUUCCAAGUUCGGGCACGUACUGUGGCUGGGUAUGGCCGGUAUAGUGGCAAGAUGUAUUUCCAGACUAUGACUGAAGCCGAAUACCAGACCAGUGUCCAGGAGAAACUGCCACUCAUCAUUGGCUCCUCUGCGGCAGGACUGGUGUUCCUCAUUGCUGUGGUCGUCAUCAUUAUUGUGUGCAACAGAAGACGGGGCUUUGAGCGUGCAGACUCUGAGUACACCGACAAGCUGCAGCACUAUACCAGUGGCCACAGUACGUACUGCGGCCCCCCGCCAGGCCUGGGGGUCCGCUCUCUCUUCGUGACUCCAGGGAUGAAGAUUUAUAUCGAUCCGUUCACCUACGAAGAUCCCAAUGAGGCUGUCAGGGAAUUUGCAAAAGAAAUCGAUAUCUCUUGUGUCAAAAUUGAGCAGGUGAUUGGGGCAGGAGAGUUUGGUGAGGUGUGCAGUGGGCAUCUCAAGCUUCCUGGUAAAAGAGAGAUCUUUGUGGCCAUCAAGACCCUGAAGUCUGGUUACACGGAGAAGCAGAGACGGGACUUCUUGAGCGAAGCCAGCAUCAUGGGGCAGUUUGACCACCCCAAUGUCAUCCACCUGGAGGGAGUGGUGACCAAGAGUUCACCAGUCAUGAUCAUUACUGAGUUCAUGGAGAAUGGCUCACUGGACUCCUUCUUACGGCAAAAUGAUGGGCAAUUCACAGUGAUCCAGCUGGUGGGCAUGCUGCGGGGCAUCGCGGCAGGCAUGAAGUACCUGGCCGAUAUGAACUACGUGCACCGGGACCUGGCUGCCCGCAACAUCCUGGUGAACAGCAACCUGGUCUGCAAAGUGUCUGACUUUGGCCUCUCUCGUUUUCUGGAGGAUGACACCUCUGAUCCUACCUAUACCAGUGCACUGGGUGGGAAGAUCCCAAUACGGUGGACAGCACCUGAGGCAAUUCAAUACCGAAAAUUCACAUCGGCCAGUGACGUGUGGAGCUAUGGAAUAGUCAUGUGGGAGGUGAUGUCGUAUGGCGAGCGGCCUUACUGGGAUAUGACCAAUCAAGAUGUGAUAAAUGCUAUUGAGCAGGACUAUCGGCUGCCACCACCUAUGGAUUGUCCAAAUGCCCUGCACCAGCUAAUGCUUGACUGUUGGCAGAAAGAUCGAAACCACAGACCCAAAUUUGGGCAAAUUGUCAACACAUUAGAUAAAAUGAUCCGAAAUCCUAACAGCCUGAAAGCCAUGGCACCUCUUUCCUCUGGGAUGAACCUGCCUCUACUUGACCGCACAAUUCCAGAUUAUACCAGCUUCAACACUGUGGAUGAAUGGCUGGAUGCCAUCAAGAUGAGCCAGUACAAGGAGAGCUUUGCCAGUGCUGGCUUCACCACCUUUGACGUAGUAUCUCAGAUGACUGUAGAGGACAUUCUGCGAGUUGGGGUCACUUUAGCAGGACACCAGAAGAAAAUUCUGAACAGUAUCCAGGUGAUGAGAGCACAGAUGAACCAAAUUCAGUCUGUGGAGGUUUGAUAGCUACGUAUCCUCCUCCUCCUCUUCCUUGAGGCCCUGCUCCCCUUUGCCCCUCUAUGUCCGAACUACAGUUCUUGAGUGUUCUACAUGGACCAGAGACAGGCAGCUGCUCUGAGGAUCAUGGCAACAGGAAGAAAUGCCCUGUCAUCAGCAAUGAGAAGUUGCCAAGAGCUUCUAGAAUUUAAGCAAUGGAAAAAGGGAACAAAAAAAGACAACUAUUUUGAAAAAAACAAAACAAAACAAAAAACCAACAAACCACAAACUAUGAAAUAUUUUUAAAUAAUAAUAAAGCAAUUGCAUUCUUGAAAAGGGCUCCAAGACCAAUGGGAGUCUCCAAAGGAAGAGAAGAGAGCAGCUUCAUCUGUUUCCUCUUGCACAAGGCUGCUGCAGCUGGACCCAGCACCUCUGGAGCAAUGAGACUUUUUCAAGAAGAUGAAUGCAAAGAAAGGUCACAAGAAGCACUUCUCUUUCUCAUGUGGGAUGGCGGCUCUGGGAAUGUCAUGCAGUCAGCAGUCCUUCCCUAAAGCCCCUGUUAGCAAAUCAAAGGGGAGAGAGAGCUGAAGCUCUUUGGUGCUGUGGAACCAAGUGCAUCUCAAAUUGAUGGACUUCUUCAAAAGCUGAAGACUUUUUUAAAAAACAAAAAACAAAACAAAAAAACCCACAAAAAAAAAUUCAAACAAAAAAAAAAAAAACAAAAACUGAAACUAGAAGAGGCUGUUUCCAACAAUUGAGAAGGAAUCUGUAACACUUCAGGGGGUGGGGAUGGGGAAAACCAAUCCUUUUUACAUCUCUUAUUUUCUCUUGUCAUGGAACAGUUUUGUGAGUGACAGUUUCCUAAGGGUCCGUCCAUCCACCCUCCAGUGGCGUCAUUGUCUCAUACAUAUCAUAUGCACAAGACUUUUAGUGAUGUCCUCACUAGAUGCCAAUGAUCUUUCCCCAGAAGACUUCCCAAGUACAGUAUGUAGUAGUUUUUGAUUACAAAUGCUGAUGUGUACCUUUAUUUUUCGGUUGUCAUUGUUGGGAGAUUUGUCCUUUUACCUUCUUUUGUUAACACCAGAUCGUGAGUUUGGGGUUGGAAAUUUUUGGUUGGUUGGGGUUUUUUAAUGAAAAAUGACAUCUCCAAGCAUCAUAUCAUUCAAGAACUUAAACCCCUUCCCUGUGGAAGGAAAUUUGCAGCUUAUUACAAUAUGCCAGGAGAUUUAUUUUUUUUUUUAAUAUGCACAUUUCCUCCCAUUUGCUUGUUUGUUAUUUUGCAAUUUGUCAUGGCCCAACAGAUGUUUCUAAUGUUGGGUUUCCAGUUGUUUUUCAAGACAAAAUGAUAACCUAUUCGAUUCAGGGUUGCUGGUGCAGGGGUGAGCAGCAUAACAGGGUUUGGGGAGGGAGCUGCAGGGGAGAGGGAAAGACAGGGGGGGAUGGAUGGGUCAUGGGAGGGAAUGAUAACUCCACAGCUGGCUGUCAAAGCCCUUUGGAAAUGAAAUGUCUGACUGCUUAGAAAGGUGUCAUAUUGGUGUACAGACCACAGAAAGGCAGGGUAAGCCCCGACCUCUAAGAGGAGCUCACAGCACAUGGUUUCUUGGAAUCUGAAUUGUAUUAGCUGCCAAGUUGUGGAUGGUUCACUACAGUGAUCAGACUCUGCGGUUAUGCUCUGUGCCCUUUGGGGAACCCAGUCCCUUCGUUAGACGAUGUGCUGGGGGCUCUGAAACAGCUUCAGUCUCAGCCAGUUGUCUUGAGGAGAGCCUGGGACAGCAAAGGCAAAAAUUCCGAUGCAGUAGCCCAGGUCUCCAGAGGCAAAAUGCUGUGGUUGAAGCUGAAUGAUCAGUCAGUGGAUUUAUAAGUAACUGAAAUAAAUACUUUAGUUACCAACCAGGUCUUUGGUAUGUGUAAAUGCCACCAACCAAGCGCAGGAGGGUGCAAAUGAGAAUCAGGCUUGUUCUCCUUGUUCAGCACCUUGUAUCUUUUUAAACAUGCCUACUACCACUCGCCUUCCUCUGGCCACAUGUGGCAUAUUUCUGCACAUCCCCUGGUCAUGGCCAGCAUAGUUUGUGUUUACAAGCCCUUGUCUGCAAUUGCCAUUUGUAGGGUCCUCCACUUAUUUUCAGCAGCAUGGGGUAUUGAAGGCAUGUUCAUAGGGAGCUGGUUUGCUGUGUUUUCCAGGAGCUGCAUCCAAGAGGAAGUGUGCAGUGGAUGAAACUCCGAAACUGUCUAGACUUCUGUGGCCAGACAUCAUCCCCCUAGACUGCUUGUAAAAUAUGAGACCAUUUAUAAAAUACUUAGCAUUUUCCGCUUUCAGACCAGAUCCAACAAAGAAAAACUUACGAGUGGCAGCAGACUAUUCCCUACAAGUGAGAGUUAUUUCUCUGCUUAGCUCUUGCAGUGUCCCAAUGUUUGGUGGACAGCAUCAGCAGCAGGGGCUUUAACGGGAGGAAUUUUCCCUCCAGCCCCUAUUUAUCUGAAAUCUCUAGUGCAGUAUUGUAUUUUCAUUUGUGUUUUCAGUAUUUUCCUAUUCUUGCAAUCAAAAGUGCAUCUGUAGUCAUGUGAACUUCAGUAGCAGGUGCGUGCUGGGUACACAGGGACAUAUUCUGUACUCAGUGCACCCCCUCUGACAGCAAUGCCAUUGCCCUACAUCUCUUUCAGAUGGCAGAAUAUGAUAUAGAGUGAGGGGCCAGUGGACUAUAGGCAUGUUUAUAUGCAGGUGGUGUCUGGACAUUAUCAGCUGCCUGUCCUAUAUCCAGCCUGGUUUAGCCUGUGUGUCUAAAGAAGGGAUGCUUUUAAUGUUGUUGCAUUUAAAAAGCUGUGCUCCUGGUCAGGAAAUGGACCCAGAUUUUGAAGACCAGCAUGCAAAAAUCGAUGGUGUUAACUAAACCACACAAAGUGCUAGUGCUUGCAGAGGGCAUACAGAGAAGCAAGAAGCUUCUCCAUGUGCCCUGUCCAGUAGUGUGGAGCAGCAAGUGAGAACUGCUCACAUGGUCCAUCUCUGUCUCACACUGUAGCUUCUGUAUUUUAACAAGGAACAGUUGUCAGUCUUUCCCAAAGGCAUGUCUCAAGCUGUUUGGUGGCAGUCCAGGGUGAGGGAAGCAUGGUGCUGUGGCAGAUUGUCUAGCCAUAGCCAACCAGCUACUUUAUGUACAAGAGAGCUUUGCAAGGAGAGCUGUCUGCCUAGAAAACUCACCAGCAAAUUCCUAUGGGGCAGCCAUGUGGAAGGAGCAGAUGAUGCCCUUCAGUUGUCCUUCCCAGACAAUUCUUGACUGUUCUCUGCCAUCCCUUACAUUCUUGGAGACACAAAGGAGAAGCAAUGGCCAUGCAGCAUCACUUCAGAGCCAGUCAUUAUUAGGGCUUGGAAGGGCACUUCAGGUCUUCAUUUGGAGACAUUUUGUCUUAAUGCACGGAAUCUCCUCACUGGCUACCAUUAUACACAUCUACCUACCAGACCCAACCCACUGUGAAGGAUGGGACCAUACCAAGCUCAGUGCCAUAACUCACCAAAGCUGUGGCAGCUGUCUGCAGGACAGAGAAAGCACAUCCUUGUCUCUUCUUCUGACCAAAAAUCACGUGCUGUCAGUACUAAAAGUUAACACAUUCUCAUCUGUUUAUACCAGGUUUUGCUGUGACAUCUGUCUGUACUUGUGUAGGACUAAUGGAGAACUGGACCUAAAAUGGACAUGAUCCAUAAAACACUGCAAUUUUCUGCAUCCCUCAAGCUCUCCUGGGAGCACAAGGAACCAGUUCCUGAAAGUACUUGGUUGUAAAUGCCUCUGGAGCAUGCUUCAGUGGAGGGCAGAGUCACUGAAGUGACUUUAAUGUAUUUAUCUAAUGGGUAUCAAAUGUACUGCUAUGAAAUAUGAGUCUAAUGACAAAAUUCAACUUCAUUGGGAGAACAUGUAACAAGGGGAAAGGCACUUGCUAACAUUAACACUGUGAAAUAGUUGUGCAUGUGCAUGUGUGCAUGUGUGGAUACAAAAAAUAACACAAUGAGAUUUUCAGGCAGCUUGCUGCAAUCUUCACAUUUCACCUCCACCUUUCAAGCUACCUCCUAGACCUACCCUUCUCCUCUGUUUCCCACUGCCAUCUGCUGCUGAAGGUUACCCACGUCUGGUGAUGGCAGUGGGUCAGAGAGCUGAGCAUGAUCCUAGAUUGAAAGUACGAAGUUGGUUGGCCAGUGAGAAGUUCAAAUCAUGGGGCAGAGUGGAGAAAGCAAAGUACACGUGGGUAGUAAAAAGUUAAAAUAUAUUUAGUGGGUCAUUGUCAACUGUUGGCCACCAGCCCUUUACCUGGAAUUGACAGCACAGGAGUGUGCCAGACGAAAGGAAAAUCAAACUUGUAUGAGGCACUGCCAUGAGGAAUCACUUGCUCUUCCUGACUGUGGGGCACAGAAACAGGGCAGUAUGAGCUGCACAUCCCCUCCCCAAAUUACCCUGCCCCCUCCCCAGUAAAUGUCAGAACUACCUUUCAUAAAUUUAAUGGCGAUCUGUGGUUUUCAGCAGCCAAAGAGCUGCUGGCUCCUCCUGCAGUCUGCUGUAGUCUGGCUUCUCCAUAGUAUCCUCACUACUGGGCAGUAGCUUUCAGUGGCAAUAAUUCAUGCACAGAACUUCCAUGUGAUCUGGGUAAAUAUGGCUGUCACAGAGUUUACUGGUUAUGCAGUAUUAAUUUAGUAUUAUAAUUCAAAUGUGGAGUUUUAACCCACAACUCCAUGAUCAGUCAUUAUAUAUGAGAGUCAUCUUGUUAGCAUCCUUGAGUAUGGACCAGUGUUAGCAAGAAGAGAACCAUGUGCAGGGAAGCAUUUACAAUAAUACACUGCGUAAGGCUGGGAAGAAAGCAGUGCUACAUCUUUAUGUAGCUCUGGCUUAGAAGGUCUGCCAUAAAGGGGCUGUUGGCCAGCCACAAUAGCAGGAUCUCGCACUCUUCACUGACUAUUUAAGCAUUAUCCAUAUGCAGAGUUGCCUCCUGGUCUGGAAUGUCAUGAGCUAAGGAGAGAGGAAGCUUUAUCAGUAUUAGGUGCUGGCUAUGCUAAUAAUGCUUUUCCCACACCCCUUGAAGUUGUUGUUUGCAUUGGUGUUAAAGGAAAGAUUCUUUCCCAGUAAUCAUCACACAGGCUGCAGAUUAACAGUGGUCUGUAGAAAAAACCUCUUGGUGGGUUUGAGCAGUUGAGGAAAUUUCUUGUUAUAUUUUCCAGGCGGAUUUCUACAAAACCUGGGGUCAGGGCUUGAACUCUGCUGCAUCAUUAACAGUUGUAUGCUCUGAUGUUGUAAUAAAUCUGUGGCUGCCUUGGAUUUAUGAAUCCAGAGUGGAAAUAUGUCUGCUGUCUAGUUUGUUUUAGUGGAAUCUUUUUUUUAAUGUAUUUCAUCUUCUAAUCUGAGCAUGUCUAACCUGAGGCUUAUUUAACGUAGGUCUUUUUCCAUCUUCAAAAAUUUUACAUACUUACAAGUUCGUCACAUACAGGAUUCAGCAUUUCCUCCUUCAAAGUUAUAUGAACAACUAAUGUAGUACCAACUUCAUUUUUGUAUUCUGCUGGCAGUUAUCCAGUGCCAUUAAAGGCAUCCUAAAAAUUAUCUUCUUUGCUGCAUUCCCCUCAUUUUACACUGCAGUCUCUUAGUGAAGUGUUUGACAUGCUUUCAGCUCUAGGACCAGUAGUCCUCUAUAUCAGCAAAAUGACAUUUCCUCAUGGUUGUAUGAUGCUUGCAGUCAACACAACCACAUUCUGUCCUGGAGCUUUAAGCUCUGGUCCCAUCUGCUCAUCGUGUUGGUUCCACCAUGUUCAUUCACAACUCAGUCCAAUUUUGCCACUGGCUGUCUCACAAGCAAUUCCCACCACAAAGUUCUCUUCUGUAUUGCUGAUUUCAUUUUGUCAUUGCAGAGAGCUGCUAGAAUCCUCCUACUAUGCAGAAUAUACAUAGUCGUUUAUCUUCAGUCAUAUUUUGGCCUUGUCUUUAGACUUCUCCAGGAUGAUUUGCUUCUUGUAACUAUUGAGCUCUUCCCAAAGACAGGACACAACUCUGGUCUGUUUGCUUCCAUAUGAGUUGCAAUCUUCCAUUGUUGUCAUAGGAAAUUCCCUGCACUCUGAAAAUAUUUCCUGGAAUUUACCUUACUGCUGUCCCUCUGUUAUUCCUGCCAACUUCACUGUCAAAUGUUACUUGCAGAAAUUUGGGAUGGAAGCAAGAAGUCCUCUCUCCCUACAAGUCUUUUUCUUGGUCUGCAUUCCCAGCAGUCUUACACCUGAUGCAGCAAUUUCUCUCCAUUCUCCCCCACGCGCCCAGUUCUGAAAGACAUUUCUCUGCAGUCCUGUGCUUUGUAGGAUGCAGUAGCAUCCCCACUUCUGUAGCACUCUGAUCAUGGACUCACUGAGUCCAACCACAGACUGCUAGAUACGCAUAGCGCCCCUGAUAGCCAUUCCUGCAGACAAGCCACGAGACUUGACCUUGCAUGCCUUAUUUUUAUUUUUUUUUCAGGAAGUCCAUUUUGCCUUCAUGAAAAAAGAACAACAAAUGUUUGGCUGAUACUUUUCCAGUUCUCUCAUUCCAGUAAAUUUCAGGAAUUUUUCGAUUGCCUCAACUGUGGCUUCUACUUCUACCUCUAAGGUCAGUCGUCAUUUCCUGCACAGAUGUCAUACUGUAUUCUUUGAUGAUUCCUACUAAGUCUAGGAGGAAAGGAUUAAACUUAGUUGAGUCUUUAGCUCUGUUAGCAAAAACUAAUGGAAGGAGUUCAAGGAGGACUAGGGGGAAUGUUACUCUAACCUGAGGGAGGUGAAAGCUGACAGUCAAAUCACCCUUUUCCCCAUAUUGCCUUUCUUCUGCACUUCCAACUCACUGACUCCAAUUUGUGGUGAGUGAGCUGGUUCGUGAGUCUGGGAGAUGGAGGCUGGCAAAAGCACCAGACCCCAAAUGAACAGUGCCUCGCAGGCAUUGCGGACACCAGCUUGAGAGAGAUGGUGUGGCAAAUCCACACCCUUGCUGGGUCUUUGCUAGUGGAGAAUAAAUGUUGAAGUCUCUGAUUGCUAACAAACAUCAGUACACAGUAGCCUUCAUACAAGAAUGUAGUUAUGAGACAGUAAUUCUCGGAUAUGCUGGUGAUAAUUCCAUUCUCCUCAACUCAAAAGCGAUACACAGAAACUAAGAAUUAUACAGAUACAAUAUCUAUAUAUUGUGUCAGAUAUUAUCAGGGUCUCAGGAACAGCCAGACAUCUCUGGGAGGUAUAAAAGAUAAAUAGAUUGUGAUUCUUGGUCUGGCAGAGGUAAACCACAAUGAUAAAAAUUUCAUGCUAUUGAAUCAGGAAAGAUGUGGGUAAGUUGAAUAAGCAGCAGUCACUAUUUCUCACAAUAAAAACACUAAGGCAGGUGAAGCAAAAUAUUCAUUGGCACAAAGAAGAGUGGUUGAAGGGUGGAGCUCAUUGCUGGAGCAUGUUGAGACCAAGCAUUAGAUGCAUUCAAAAGAUGACUGGGCAAAUUUGUAAAAAAAUAAUCUCCUCAACACAAAAAUACCUCUUCCAGUUUUUCUGGGUCACACAUGCCUGGAGACAUGGAGUGUAUAACAGCAUUCCUACAGCACUUCUUGUAUACCACUGCAUCCUUGGGACUGACACAUUUUAAAUCUUUUAAAAGCCCAAACACACUAUCAACCAUCAUUGGUUUUCCAUUCGUCACUCUUUCUGGUGAAGGAUUUCUGUGGAGCCAUAGGGCUUCUCAUGCCAGGGGGAACCACUUGCUUCCUCCUCCCAAUUCCUUGUGUAACACAAGCUGCAGCAUGUCGUCAGUGCCUCAAACAACAGUAAUGGCACAAAAAGGGAGACUGUGUUGGUGGGCCCCCAUGCCAUGAAUGUGGCAGAUCUUUAGAAGCGUCGUUGCCUCUGAUCUCUUUUGUGAUUCAGAGAACCUUAUGCACAGAGGGGACAGCUGGUGUAAGGAGAGGUCCCUUCUUUCCUUCCUCUGCUAUGAUGUGGUUUCUGUUGAGACUUUUGCCCCUCUGCAUUGAGGCAACCAGACUCUCCUGGUUGCUUGGGUGUCUAACUGUGAGUCCAAAUGGACCAACAAGAGCUGCCUCAAGGAUGAAAAUGCAGUAAAGGAGCCUGGGACAAGCUUCUAAAUUGGGCAAAGAGGUCUAAGUGCAAUGGAGCAAUUCAGGGCUGGGCUGGGUGCAUGCAGUGAAAUUCCAGAGACACCCCAGAGCAGGCAAUGAGUGUUGGGGCUUCAGGACAUGGUAUUAAGUGCAAUUGUGAGCGCUGGCCCAGCUCUGAAGCAGGAUUUUUUUUAUGUCCUGGGGGCAACUUAGAUCCAAUCAAAAAAACAUUCUGUUGCUUAGGCUACCGUAAUGGCAUAAGUGAAAAGCUAUUUGUUAUGGGCAAUGAUUCAUUUCCCUCUGCAGAGCAGCCCAGGAAAGGGGGGGGAGGGGCUGUCUGGAGCAGAAGGGGUCCCUGGCUGUGUAGUCCUGGCCCCCUGCAGAUCCUUAUAACACGUAGAAGACCAGGAAGGGUCAUGAUGUUUGGUGUACGUGGGCUUCUUACUUGGCCCCCCUGGGCUCUGAUCUCCAGUAGGAGCUGGAGUGUAUUUCUUGCUGAUGAUUUUAUAAGCUCUCUGAUGGUUCUUCUCUGAAAAUCCCAGCUCCUGUGUUUAUGAUCCUGGGAGCACUGGAGUCAUGUGAGCACAGCUUUUAUUCCUCACUGACCCUCAUGUGAGGAAACCAAGCUGCAGGGCUAUGGGUUUCAUGUUGGCCAGCCCAGCUUAUAGUGACCACUGUGUCUGUUCCCACAGUACCGGAGCACCUCACAGUCUCUAAAGCACGUGUCCUAGAGGCAAGCCACAUGGCUGAGGUAAAGAGAAAUGAAGACUGACAGCCACAAAGGAGUUGGAGUACAAUUCCUGUUUAAACAGCUGAGUUAAAAUUGCAGGAGUUCCCAAAAUACUUCUGUAGUAAGAACUUGCUCAUGUCACUGUCAGGCUGUGGCUAGGUCCCUCAGGCCAGUAGAAGCACUGGUCAUCUUGCUUUCAAGCUCCAGAGUUUUCUUCCAAGCUGUUCAACAGUGGAAGAAAGUAAGACACUUGAGCUCACCCUACCCUGGAUCAUCUGUGUGUAGAGUGGACAGUCAAGUUUGUUCACCCUUGUCCCAUCAGACAGAAGAUCUGGGCAGUGAAAAACCUGGCUUGCACAGGUGUAGGAGGAAAGAAUCCCGGGAGCGUGAGGGAGUUGGAAAGACUGAGUGUGAGAUCAGGCUCUCAGAGAACUGUGGUUUGUGGGUGCCCUGGCAGGUGCCCCUUCUGCAAGGAGAGCAAUCCCUGAUGCACACAUCUCCAGUGUGCCAUGCUGUGGACCUCCUCCUAGAUCAUCCAGAUUCUCCUGCUGAAGUCCUGGUUCACUUCUCCUCUCUUUGCAGUGGUCCUCCUGAACCAAGACCACACAUUACAUCACACCCCUUGCUCUCCGGCUGGAGCUGGAGGGGGGAAAAUCAGGGACUGGGAAUUUGCAUCUGUUCCUUAACUCAUGGAUCCAAGCAUAAUUGCCUGGAGGCCUAAGGAGGCCAAUUGCCUCCUUAAUCAGGGGGCAUUCUUCCAUGCAUUUCUCAGCCUGUGACCCUUGCAAAUCCUUUAUUCUUAUUGCUUGCUCUCCUUCAUCAACUUUCUGUUCUCUGCAUUGUUUCUUAUCCCUCUGUCCCCUCCCCAGUAUAGGAGGGAUGGAUGUUUUGUUUAGAUUUGGGCCAUCAUCAGGGAAUCCCUUCCUUGGAGCUGGCUCAGCACAUCUCUGCAGCUGAUGUAGCUGGUUUUAGCUACAUUUCUUCCCAUGAAAAAAUCCCCCGUCUGCCUACCUGUUUUCCUUCCUUUCAUCCCUGGAAACAUCAGCCACCUCGCUUCCCAGAUCUUCCUGGUAGAGAGGUAGAAAAUUGUAUGAAAUCCAGUCAGGUGUGUCAGGAUCCUCCAUCGAUGUUCCCAUGGAAUAGUUCAGGGAAAAGGAUCCAAUCCUGCCUCUUACCCACAGGUAAAUGAGGAUGCGCAGCAGUCUGAGGACACGAUUCCUGUUCUCAGGUCUGCUUUGCUGACCUUCAGUCACUCGCUGCCAUGCUGUCUGUUUUGGAUGAGCUGUGAAGUCAGUCUAUCCAGGGUGCACUUUGAGGCCCCAUUUUUAAGUUUUGUGGGAGUGUUUGAGCAGCUGAAGCCAGAGCCAAGCAGUAGCAGUUCCUGCUGGAGAAAUGAGCCUGGUGUUUCAAAGCACUGUCCGAAGUGCUGAUCUCCACUCACCUAGACAAGCUGUGGUGGGAUGCAGGACAUGCGUGAGUUGCAAGUAGGAGCUCAAAGACGUCCCUUCAGGGUGAGCUGGGCACAGAUAGUCGAACUGCCCUCUGCAGCUCCAGAUGCCAUCUAUCAAUGGGCUUCUGAGAAACUGAGGAGUCAACAUAGCUGUCCAUGUUUCCAUUUUAGAGGAGUCCUGGCAGGGAAGAUCUUUUCUUAGCUCAGAGACUAAAGCGUAGGUCAGCAAUGCAAGGGAGAAAGCAAGAAGGUCCUGGAGGGAAGGGAGCCUUGUGUUGAGGUCUGAAAUGUGAGAUGGGGAGGUGGCAGUAAUGUAGCAGGGGAGAGGGGGGUAGAGCACUGUGGCAACAAAUCCUCUUGCCUGUCCCGGCAUUGGAUUACUGUGGUUUGCUCAUAUGGCUGCUCCAGCUUGACAAAGUGUGAAGCCAUCAGCCUUAACUGGAAGGUUUGUGGAGGAGCUGCAUGUGUUUUAGGGAAGGUUUGUAGGGAGAGGAGCCUUGUUACGGCUUUGGAAGGAGCUGGUGGUAUCGGAUGGGAAAAUUACGUGUAUCCUUCAACUGCCCAAAGACAAGUCUGUCUAGUCACUGCUACAUCUUCUCAUCCUCCUAACGCUAGUCCAAGGAUAUAUCAGCUGGGCUCCAUGGGCAUCCCCAACUCUUAUUUCCUACUCUUCAUCCUGUAUGUUGGCAAUGGCCCUGUGGACAAUGGAACAUUUUCAUGACAGUAUUUGUAUUUUUUUAAUUGUGAAUGGGGAGAUAGCGUGCAGGUCCUUGUUACACAGGGAUGUGUCUUCCAUUCAGACCAGGGUUUCCCCUGGCUUCGUCAGAUGUCUUUCAAUGUUACUGAGAAAAAUAAACUAAAAAAUAAAUCAGAUGUAUUUAUAAAGGAAACAGAAACCCGCUGCUCCAAUGCCUUUGUAGGAGUAUUUUUAACAAAACAUUUUUUCAAAAUAAAUGUGAAUUGUAAAGUUUGAA